CGGGCGAGAGGGCGGACGGGCGGCGGUAUUGACCAAUCAGCGCGCCUAGCGUCGCGGGCGGGGAGGAGGAGCGGCUCUCCGAUUGGCCGGCGGGGAGUGAGCGCGGGGGGCCGUGCGGCGUGGCGCGGCGCCGACUUCCGGUUGGCGGAGCGGCUGAGGCGAGCGGGCGGCGGCGGCGGCUCCCGGUAACGGCCCCAUGAUGGCGGCGCGGGUGCUGGUGCUGCUGUGGCUGUCAGUGCUGUGCAUCUCCAGCAAGCCCACGGAGCGCAAGGAGCGGGUGCACGCGGAGCCGCCGCUCAGCGACAAACCCCACGAGGACGCGCGCGGCUUCGACUACGACCACGACGCCUUCCUGGGCGCCGACGAGGCCAAGACCUUCGACCAGCUCACGCCCGAGGAGAGCAAGGACCGCCUGGGGAAGAUCGUGGUGAAGAUCGACGAGGACAAGGACGGCUUUGUGACGGUGGAAGAGCUGCGCGACUGGAUCAAAUUUGCCCAAAAGCGCUGGAUUUUCGAGGACGUGGAGCGGCAGUGGAAGGGCCACGACCUCAACGAGGACGGGCUCAUCUCCUGGGAGGAGUACAAAAACGCCACCUACGGCUACAUCCUGGACGACCCUGACCCUGACGACGGUUUUAAUUACAAACAAAUGAUGGUGCGUGACGAGCGGCGCUUCAAGAUGGCCGACAAGGACGGUGACAUGACGGCCACCAAGGAGGAGUUCACGGCCUUCCUGCACCCCGAGGAGUACGAGUACAUGAAGGACAUCGUGGUGCAGGAGACCAUGGAGGACAUCGACAAGAACGGGGACGGCUUCAUCGACCUGGAGGAGUACAUUGGUGACAUGUACAGCCAGGACGGCGACGCCGACGAGCCCGAGUGGGUGAAGACGGAACGCGAGCAAUUCGUGGAGUUCCGCGACAAAAACCGCGACGGGAAGAUGGACCAAGAGGAAACCAAGGCCUGGAUCCUGCCCUCGGACUACGACCACGCCGAGGCCGAGGCGCGCCACCUGCUCUACGAGUCUGACCUCAACAAGGACGGGAAGUUGAGCAAAGAGGAGAUAGUGGAGAAGUACGACCUGUUCGUGGGCAGCCAGGCCACGGACUUCGGGGAGGCGCUGGUGCGGCACGACGAGUUCUGACGCCGCCCGGCCCGAGAUGUAAUUUAUUUUUGAACCGUUUCUGGGAUUUAGCGGAAGAAACGUAUUUUUUUUCACUAAAAAAACUGUGAUUUCAGGCCACGACGUGAAAAAAAAAAUCCACAAAAAUUCAAUUUUUUAAAAAUUUUUCCCAUCUUUUCCGAAUUUUCCUCCUUCCCGAAGCGCCGGGGGCUCGUUUGGGAAACCACGACGCUCCGUGGGUUGGUUGGUUUAUUUUUGGUAAGAUUUAUGCCUUUUUUCCCCCUGAUUUUUAACGACUUCUUGGUUAUUUUUGUAUCUGUUUUGGUUCCACGUGAAGCGAAGAAGCUCGAGUCCCCCCCGCCCGCCCCUCGGGGGGUUUCUGAGCACGUGCUCCAUAUUUUAGAUUAAAGAAUUCAAGGGAAGAAACACACCCUAAAGCCAGAGAACAAUAAGGAAAAGCAAGGCCCGAGGUGAGUCAGGCUUAGUUUAGGCCGAGCUUUGCAAAGCUGGGCGCGGUUGGGCUCGGCUCCUCCCUGGGGUUUGCUUCCCUCCCGCCACUUUAUCCGUGAUUAUUAUUAAUAUUAUAUAGAGAUAUUUUUUUUAAUCUGUGUGUUCACCGCUCGCACGGGGGCCGCUUGCUUUCUCCUCGUUUCCUCCUCAUUUCCUCCUCAUUUCCUCCUCAUUUCCUCCUUGUUUCCACCUCCUUUCCGCUUCAUUUCCUCCUUGUUUUCUCCUCCUUUCCUCUUUGUUUCCUCCUUGUUUUCUCCUAAUUUCCUACUCACUUUCCCCUUGCUUCCUUCACACUCUCUCCUCACUUCCCACUCGCUUCCUCCUCAUUUUCUCCUUGUUUCCUCCUCCUUUCCUCUUUGUUUCCUCCUUGUUUUCUCCUCCUUUCCUCCUUGUUUCAUCCCUUUUUUCUCCUAAUUUCCUACUCACUUCCCCCUUGUUUCCUUCACACUCUCCUCACUUCCCACUCGCUUCCUCCUCAUUUCCUCCUUGUUUCAUCCUCAUUUUGUCCUUGCUUUCUCAUUCCUCCUCGCUUCCUUGUUUCAUCCUCAUUUCCUUCUUGCUUCCCAAUUCCUUCCUUCUCAUUUCCUCCUCGCUUCCUCAUUUCCUCCUUGUUUCUUCAUUUCCACCUUGUUUCCCCUGGUUUCCCACUUCCUUCUCACUUCUUGUUUCCUCCUUGUUUCCUCAUAGUCUCCUCCUCAUUUCUGGCUCAGUCCCCUCUUGCUUCCCACUUACUUCCUCCUCAUUUCCUCCUCACUUCUCCCUCACUUCCCACUUAUUUCCUACUCGCGUCCCUCUUGCUUCCUUCUCCCUCUCCGCUCACUUCCCUCUCUCUUCCUCCUCGUUUCCUCCUUGUCUCCUCAUUUCCUCCUCACUUCCUGCUCUCUUCCUCCUCGUUUCCCCCUUGUCUCCUCGUUUCCCCCUUGUCUCCUCGUUUCCCCCUUGUCUCCUCGUUUCCCCCUUGUCUCCUCGUUUCCCCCUUGUCUCCUCAUUUCCUCCUCACUUCCCACUUGCUCCCUUCUCCCCCUUUGUUUCCCCCUUUGUUUCCCCCUUUGUUUCCCCCUUUGUUUCCCCCUUUGUUUCCCCCUUUGUUUCCCCCUUUGUUUCCCCCUUUGUUUCCCCCUUUGUUUCCCCCUUUGUUUCCCCCUUUGUUUCCCCCUUUGUUUCCCCCUUUGUUUCCCCCCCAAACCACCCCUGGGGGUGACCCAAGUGCCACCAGACCCACAGUGUCACCCCCAGACCCACGGCGCCACCCCCAGGAAACCGAUUUUGCCUGAAACCGCCGUGUUUUUGGGAUGAAUUCCCGCGGAAUCGGGCAAUCCCGGCGCUGCCGCCGGAUUCGGGCUGAAAAACGGCCAAUUUGGCUCCUGUGCGUGCGGCAAAGCCCCUUGUCCCCCCCUCCCCCCGCAAGCGAGUGGUUCCGCGGCGUUAACGACCUCAGACACUAACGAUGUCCCCCCGGGGACACCCCGCCCGUGUCCCCACGUCCCCCAGCGUGUCCCCCUCGGCACGGGCUCAUUUUGGGUGCGUUUGGAGCGGUUUUGGUGUAACCGGGGCCUCAAUAAACCCGUUUACAGUCA